AUGGCAGGGACAGACCUCGCCGCUCGCGUUGAACGCCUGGAAGCCAUUGAGGAUCUCCGUCGGUUGAAGUUCGACUACACCUGGCACCUUGACAACAAGGACUGGGCGGCGUUCAAAGAGUGCUUCACUGAGGACUUCGCCUUCGAAGGAACCGGGCUGCAACUGACGCAGGAAGACUUCAUCGCCACCGUGCGCAACGCCCUGGAUCCCCUGGAGACCAGCCACGAACUCCACCAGCACCAGUUCGACUUCGACGGGCCGGACCGUGCCAAGGGCAUCUGGCGACUACGUGACCACCUGGUCGCGCCGGGCCGCCGCAGCGAGUUCCGGGGCCGCGCAGUCUACGAGGAGACUUACGUCUGGACUGGGCGCGGAUGGCGUAUCGCCAGCACCAACCUACGUUAUCUUAGCUCUCAGGGUUCCGUCGGUAUUGGGCGUGGCCCCGCUGAUACGGCGAUGGGCUUGGUAAUAGUCCGCGGGUCCUAA